CUCCAUGUUGUUACAUUUCAUUGAUAUAUAAACAGGUUUCCCAACCUCAAGUCGUCCUUAAAGAUUGUUAUCUUGGUUGGCGAGGCAGAGCGACAUUUUUUUCUGUCAGAUUCGUUCAUUUCGUGCAAAAACGCAUCGAAGUGAAAAUAAAGAACGUCGGACAAAGACAGUUGUAUCAGUCGUACUUUACAUCUUUUUUUCAAUUUUAAGAAACAUGUAUUGAUUCAGAACAAGUCACCUCUUGUUUGUAGAAAAUGUUGGCAUUGGAGCGCAUACCUGAUCAAAUUGGAUAUCUGGUAUUAACUGAGGAUGGUGCUGUACUAACAUCUGGAGGAGAUUUGGAAAAUGAUGAAAGAGUGGCAAAUAUUAUUAGCAGUUUGGUCACACUGACAAGCAAAGUUGAUCCCAAGGCAUUCCCCUCUAAUGAUCCUUUUGAUAAAAUAUCGAUCAAGUAUAAGGACCAUUGCUACAUUGUAUGCCUCUCUAACAAGAAGAUUUAUGUAGUGAAGAGAAGAUUGCCAUCUCCAAUUGCUGCAAUUGUUGAGCAGCAGCCUACCAUCGAUGUCUAGAUAUGAAUAGUAAUGCCGAUACGAUGUUAAAUCUAUUUCUUGCAAGCGUUUAUAUUCAAUACAAUUUCUUGCAAGAAAUCUCUAUUUACUGUUUUAUAUCUAUAGAAAUAUGUGUAUUCUAAGAAAGAAGUUAGUGCAAUGUAGUUAUAGAAAAACUUACAUUACUGCCUCUGUCAAAUUCGUGUCAGAUUACACAUUGGAAAGUAAAGCCUACACACAAUAGAAGAAUACUAGAUAUUAGGAAUAGGAAUUAAAAUUUUAGAGCCAGUUUCCUCAAUGAAACACUACAGAUAAAUAAUAAAUUGUAUCUUAUACACAUUUAUAUUUUAUUCAUAUUAUGCAUUUAAUAUUUAUCAAGGAAACAGAUUCUAAAAUUUUAAUUCCUUCUUCUAAUAUCUAAUAUUCUUCUAUUGUGCGCAAGGUCUAAAAUUGCAAAUUUAAAAUUAUAAUUUGAUCAAUCAGAUAUUUUUAAUUUUAAUCCAUUUUCUUUUGAUCGGAUAAAAUUUAAAUUUUUAAUUUAUAAUAUUCAAUCUUCAAUGCACAGUCUGAUAUGAACUUUAUGGGAUGGCUUCUUUCGAGUAAAAAAUAUUCUUCCAACAUGUAAUUCAAUGAAAUUAUACAUAGCUACAAUUAAUCAUUUUCAAAAUAUAUUUUAUCAAAAUAUUUUUG